AGGACAAAGAUAGGCUGAACAGAGGAUGACGGGAGUUCUGUCGAAAAUUUGCUUUGAAAUUUUGGAGGAAAAAAAUGCAAUUUGAAAAAGGAAACAAGGCAAAGAAAAAAGCAAGGUCUGGUGUCCAACGUCUUGAGGGUUGAAACUUGCUUUCCUCCUCGUCGAACACUCAAUUUGUGUGCUUAUAUUGAAAACCGAACUCAUUCAGGCGGCGUCGACCAUCUCUCUCUCUCUCUCUCUCUCUCUGUCCGUCUUUCCAGUCUCUCCGAAACUUGUUUUCUGCAUUGGGGACCAGCCUCGUUCAGGCUGUAGGAACCUGGAACCCCCUCUCUUUCUCUCACAGAGGCUUCCGGCUGUAAUGCUUAUCGGUUUCUCUCUCUUAAAAGCUGGACUUUUACGUUGAAAACCAUCGUCCUCGGGCUGUUUAUAUCAUCUCUCCCUGCAAUAGUGGAAGCCUGAAGACUUCAAAGGCAAGGGUGGUUACCCUUCUGAAACUCCAUGAUCAAUCGCAUUUGGUUUGCGCAACUUUGGUUGUUGGCGACUCUGUGUAGCUCUCUUGGUACAACAAACUUUGCGCUCUAGCUUGUAGCAGCCGACCAGGGAUGCCUUAUAUUGACGUUAAAAAGAUUCCCACUUCUUUCUACGGUAUUAUAUUUGGUGCAGACUAAUUAGUAACCUCAAAGCUGCAAAAUCUGGAUUGGCCAUUGAUGCCUGGAAGCCAGAUUUAGAAUGUGUGGGUCCUCAUUGAAGCCUUUUGGAGAAACUGCUAACCUUGUUGUCCUUUUAUUGCUAUAUUGGCAAGAACCAGUCAGUAGAUUUUGAGUUGGUUGUGAUUCUUCCUGAUUCCCAGGAUGUUGGCAGGAAAUGGACUAUUUUGCCCGCUUCUUGGGUUUGCUUCGUGUGCUGUUUUUAUUUACAUGACAUUGGGGGAUUUAAAGUUUUUCUUCAGGGAGCCAAAGAUGGAGUUUGUGAGAAGAAAUGGGACUCAAUUUGUUGAGGGAGGGAAGGAAUUCUAUGUCAACGGAUGGAAUUCUUACUGGUUAAUGGAUCAGGCGGUGGAAGAAUACAGUAGGCCGAGAGUAACGAAAAUGCUUCAUGCUGGUGCCAAGAUGGGGCUUACUGUUUGCAGAACUUGGGCUUUCAAUGAUGCCGGAUAUAAUGCCUUACAGCUUAAGCCGGGAGAAUUUGACGAACGCGUAUUUAAGGCAUUGGAUCGAGUCAUUGCAGAAGCACGGCACCAUGGGAUUAGAUUAAUCCUCUGUCUGGUGAAUAAUUUGCAUGCCUAUGGAGGUAAAGCUCAGUAUGUUCAAUGGGCAUGGGAGGAAGGGUCAGCUUCAAGCAGGUCUAACGACUCUUUCUUUUCCGAUUCCUCCAUCAGACAUCAUUUCAAGAAUUAUGUGAAGACAAUGUUGACUCGGAGAAAUCGCUUUACAGGAGUUGAAUAUAGAAACGAUCCUACAAUUUUUGCAUGGGAAUUAAUGAAUGAGCCUCGUUGUACAACUGAUCCUUCUGGUAGUUCACUUCAGGGUUGGAUCAAAGAAAUGGCUGAAUUCGUGAAAUCUAUUGACAAGAACCACCUACUAACUGUUGGAGUGGAAGGCUUCUAUAGUGCAGCAACUGCCAAAAAGUUCCAUGUGAACCCCGGAGACUGGGCAAGCAGCCUUGGCACUGAUUUUGUGGAAAAUUCGAGGAUUGCAGCGAUAGAUUUUGCUUCUGUUCAUACAUACCCAGAUAGCUGGUGUCCAGGGCUCAGUUUCACAGAGAAGAUGAAGUUUGUGUCGGAAUGGAUAUCAUCUCAUAUUGAUGAUGGAGACCAGGAUUUGAAAAAACCAGUGCUGUUUGCUGAAUUUGGGUUGUCUUCCAAGACUGAUAACUUUCAACCGGGACACCGAUAUCAGUACUACAAGAGGGUGUAUGAUUUACUGUACGAAGCUGCAAAAGCAACGCGAUCUGGUGCUGGAGCAAUGCCAUGGCAGUUUCUUGUCGAUGACAUGGACGAGUAUGGAGAUGCAUUUGCAAUUGUUCCAUGGAGGAUACCAUCCAUUUACAAGCUCAUAACCAGACAGUCGUGUAGGUUGGCAGCAAUCCGCCAUGGCAAGAGUUCAUCCAAGUUAUUGGCUGAAUGCCCAUAGAGUUAGUAUGUACAUUUUCUUUUAUUUUCUUCCAAAGUUGUUGUAUUCAUAUUCUUUUGUUCCUUCUUGCAUUUAUGAUGCAUGUAUAGGAAAUAUGUGUUUGGUGAUAUAGAAAGUUUUGGCUGUUUUUGUGAA